AUGAAACAAGUGGAAGUCUACCAAGGACUUAAUAACAACUACUACACUCUCGAUCAUGGUAUCAAGCCACUAGUCUCUAUCAAACAAUACACAUGGACCGAAUUCUUCUGGUUCUGGGUAACGUUGCCUAAACAGGUUAUGAGCAUUGGUCGAUGGGUGAGAGACGAAGAACAUAGGGAUGAAUGGGAUCCUACGUAUAUCAUACCGACUGGUCCGUUCCAGAAGCAUGUGGUGAUAGUUGAUAGACCUAAGGAUAGUACUAGGUAG